AUGCACUUUCAGGCCUCUGUGCGUCGUAUGAACCUUGGCCAUGCCCAGCAGCAGAAACUUCUCGCUGAAAACAGGAAAAAAGAGAUCGCCCGAGAGGAUCAAAUAAAGCGAAUCAACCAGGAACGAACCUUGGAAGCUAACAUGGCCAGUGAAGAAAGGAUAGAGAAUAAAAGAUUUCUAAGAAGACGUCGUCAGGAAGAAACCGAACGAGAAAUGGAUGAAGCAAUUCGAAAAGUGAGGUUCUUAUGAUUAUAACUCUAUGUUAAAUGAAUGCUUUGGCGGAAAUGUGAUAAUUUGGUCCAUUUAGUGCAUACGUUCAAUAUAUAUGCUGUACAUCAUCUUACAUCCACAAACUUCUACAUCAUGACUUCUAUAAUAGACCAUUUUCUUAGUUAAGAGUAAAGUAUAAAAAGCUAAGUGCAGUGGUAAACGCUUACAGAGGAAUGAUCACAAGUAAAAUGACAUCUGAACAUACUGCUGCUGCUUGUUUUGUACUCAUAUUGUCGAUUAUAUGGGUAUCCACCUUCUGUAUUGUCAAUCCAUCUUGUUUCGAAUUAAGGCGAUGCCCCACCACUCCAAUCAAAGGUUGUGUACAAAACCUGGAUUGGAUCGCGCGGAUGGGAUUGGACUGGCAAUUCGCUUUAAAUUCCCACCAAUCCAAUCUGAUACAACCAAUCCAAUCUGGCUUUGACCCCCAUUCAAGUAUAUAGACACAUAAAUAUACAAAUACCCAUACCUUAAGUUCCUUAUUGAACCAGUCCAAUAAGCAGCUUGAGGCAUUGUUCGAAUUCGUCUCUACUGACACCUUAAGCUGUUGAGCGGACUGGUUCAAUCUGAACAACAACAAACCCAGACAAGACGUAAGCUCUUGCCAUUGGUCCUUCAAAAUGUGACUUCGCCUUCCCAAUCAAUGAUACUUCAAUACCUGUUUCUGUACACCAGAAGAUUUUGGGAGUUAAACUCUGGACAAAAUUCUGGCUUUCAAGGAACAUAUUUCUUUUCAGUUGGGUAAGGUGUAUUGAAUGACAGUGGCACUGAGAAGAUCAGGUCUCUUUAUCUCAUUUGAAACUAUGGGGACAUACAAGGCAUUUAUCCUGCCUCAUUUCGAGUACUGCACAUGUCUGCUCUUGGGAAUUGGGAAGGGUGCAUCCCUGUAGCUUUUAAUACACCAUUUGAUACAUACAUUGAACCAGGGCUGUCAAUAAGGGCCAGUAGCCGGCCAAAACCGCCGGCUAGAUAGCCAUCCUUAGCCAGCUACUUUCAUCUCCUUCUGCCAUAAUUGCUAACAAAAAAUAAGCACCUUCGAAUAAAAUAAUUGUAAAGCAUCCAUUUCCCAGUUUUGAAUGACAUUGAACGCAUAUUUAAACAGGUUUAGUUCUGUGAAAUGUUCAAGCCGUGUGAUGUUGUGGAGCGUCUGGGAUAUUUUGAUGGCAUUGUUCCCAGUCUUGCAUGUAUUCUGAAGAAACAACGUGGUGUCUGCGGUGGAAAAUACCCCUUGAAAACCCCUGGAAACUCCAUUUCCGAGACUCUAAAUUUCAAAAUGUCCCCGGAUGCCUCGGCUCUCAAGAACUUGUGCCUUUGGUGCAAGUCCAAAAGCCGCCUACUAUUUCAUUAUCAACCUGCUACUUAAAAACUUUUUGACAGCCCUGUUGAACAUGUAUUUUCUUUGUGGAAAACCAGUUUGGCUGCGGCCUGUAAAGGACACAGCAUAAUAUUGUUCACAGUUUCACAUAACCUUAACCUCUUGAGCUUUACGCUAUAAGAACUGUUUAAACAUGGAGACAUUUGUUUUAGAGUCACACUUAGGAAAUUUGUAGACCAUUGUGAGAAAUAUUCAUUAAGGGAAAAGGAAGGGAGUUGGGGGUGAAAGAGGUACACAAUAUUUUAAUGUGACAUUCUACUUUUUAUUCACAGCAAAAAGAACAAAAAGAACUCCAACAGAGGCAACAGGAGCAAGAGGAAAGACUUGCCAAGGUUUUUUAAUUUUCAAUUUUUGGUUGAUGUGAAGGUGAUGUUUUGAAAUGAUUCACCAUUUUCACAUAGACCAUAAUGCACCUUGGUUACCUGACAGAAUUUUACAUCCAUCAUUUCCAAUUUCUCCUGGACAUUACAUUCAUCCCAAGAGAAAUCGAAGACAAUGGUUAUGCAAAACUUUGGGGAGUAAGCAAGAUGCAUCAUGGUCUAUGUGAAAAUGGCAAAUUGUAGUUUUUAUCAGCCUUAAUUCAAAGCAAAUAAUCUUUUCACAGAGAAGCUAAAGUAACUAAAAUCAUAAUUUGGCUAGUUAAGGUUUGCAUUGCUAUGUUAUCAUUUAGGAAAUAAGCACAUAAUUAUAAUAUUAUUUGAAAGAGGAAGUGUAUGUCUUAUGCAUGUAUGUUGUGGUUCAAUUUUAUCCUUGUUUUAAAUGAAAGUGAAAGCUCUUUUAAUGAACAUCUCUACUUACAACCACCCUGUUUCAACUCCUUACAAACUCUGUAUUUUCACAUUCCCAUAACUGGGUGGACACUUUCCCAUGAGUGGCCGCAGACACUCUCAGGGUUUACAAGUUCAAUUUUGGCUUUGCUUUUAAACUACGGUAAGCAGACACCCGAAAUCAAUCUGAAACUUAUAUUUUAAUAAAUCAACUUGAACUCGCUGUUCGUCACAAUUAAUUUAUAUUAAUUUGAGUUUUUUUUUUCACAUACUCACCUGGUGACAGUUGAAAAAAGACCGCCUGAAUUUUAUGCCUGUGACUAUAAAUUACAUUGUCAUCACAACAACAGUAUAGCCAAACACUAACAAAUAGUUGCUUACAAAUGGUGAAACCUCAUGUUUAUUUGUAGCUGGGUUAACUCCCAUAAGCAGCCCUUUAACCCUAACACUUUGUCGUGACUGCAUAUGAGCAAUAUUCUCAUAAGCGGCCAGCUCCAGUUAUGGACUCCUUUUUCACGUCCUGAGGGUGUCCACUUAUGAGAGCUUCCACUGUAUGUUUUCCUUUGUCUUUAGGUAUGGUAGUGGAUGAUAAUAGAUUUAACCAAAAAAAUAAAUAAAAUAAAAUAAUGAAAUAAAUAUUGGAACCCAAGAUAAAAUAUUUGAACCACAACAUGUAAAGAACAGACCAUUAGAAAACUUAUUGGGGGACUGGGCGAAGUACCAAAAAAAAUAUUCACACAAGGGAAAAUGAAAUGAAAAAAAAUUCAUGCACGCCAAUUAAUCCUAAAAAAAUAAUAUUCAUGUUACGACCUAAAGAAAAUUCAUACAAGGAAGUUGAUAACAAAAAAAAUUCCUGCAGCUCAAAAAUUCCCCACCCCUGCCCAAUAACUUUUCUAAUGGUCUGUCCCUAAAUUGAGGUUUAGCAUGAUUCUGAGUCCCUUUUUUCCGAGUGUUGAUUCUUUAAUAAUAGGAACUUGAAUUUGUGAAACUUGAAAGAUGCAGAGAAGAAAAGCUCAAGCAGCAGAUAAGAGAAAACAGGUCAGAAAAGUCAUAAAAUAUUUGGUCAAUUUAUGUCUUUUUAUCAUAUGGCAACUAGAAUUACUGGAAGGCCACUUUAACUGGGCUGCUAUAAAGGGGUGGUUUUUUCUGAGGGGAGGGGGCGGCUGUACACAGGCUACCAUGAAACCUUGUAGCGGACCAUUUCGUGACAUAGAGUCUUAUGUGAGAGUGAAACAUAAACUCAUUUGAACAUUGUACCCUUCAGGAAGACUUCUGUAAUUAUGUAAUAUUAUCACUUAGGUUGAGUACUGAGAGAUUGAGAUGUGAGAGACCCUAGGAAAUCUUUGGCCAUAAAUCUAUUUAAGCAAAUCUGUAGACAGCCAUAUUGAGAGAACCAGAUUAUUUGUCAGAAACGCCGGCUGUUCACGACAACCUACAUGUAGACUAUAAAUAAUUAUUGUACCACAAGAAAAUGACAAGUUAACCAGAACAGACAGCGAACAGCUUUUAAGAGGAAACAACCCAUUAUAAAACCCAUAAAGAUACAUGGGCCUUAUGCAACCGAGAACCGAGACUGAAAGAGAUAUCAAUAGACAAUGAUCUAUAAUUUAUGGUCUACACGAAAAUGCAUUGUGCCACAAGAUAAAAAUAUUCAUACAUUUCAAGAGUCUUUCCUUUUAACUAGUUAUCUUUCUUCAACCUAUUAAAAUUUUUUAAGGCAUUAGCUCUCUUGGAAUUUGGGACCUCAAAAAAUUUAAAGAUUACUCACAGGUUUUUUUCCAUCAGUACGUGCUUCAAAAAUUGUAAAUAGAUCAAACAGUGGAUAACAGAUUUUUUUAUCAAAUUUGAGUCUCGGUUCAAAGUGCUGAUGGCACGAACUCAAAUUGUUUUUUGCUCCAGCGAUUUAUCUCGAAGUUCAAUAAAUAUUGACCUCUGUAUAGUUUUAACUAGUUUUUAAAAAACCCUAGAUAUUCUUUACCUCCUCACAUUUACAGUGUGCGUAUUCAGAACACUUUUAGUAAAAUACAGGUUGUGUGACAUAAAAAGGUAUGCAUGCUAAAGCGAGCUGUGAACCUUAAAGUUUAUCGAAACUCGUUAGUACUAACGUCAGUCGUGCUUCUUGAAUUGGCAGAGACACAGAAAUUAGGAAAAGCAUCUCGACGCUUGGCCACUUAUUUGCCCUCUUACCAAAGUUCCUUUUUACGUCGGACAAGUCUUCUUUAUCCUAUUCCAAAAUUUAAACCCCCAAAAAGGCAUACUGUUGCAUUAAACAGAAAGAAAUCAAUCUUUAAACAGACUCUACGAAGAUGGACAAACAUGCUUUAUGGAUAAUGCAAUGCCCUCUGGGUUACUGGGUUAAUAAUAAUAUUAUUAACUCAAAUAUUGAUAGUGUCCAUUUUUUGAUGAAGGAAACUACCCAUGAACUUGGGCGUGCCUUGAGGCAGCCCAGUUAAUAAUGCUGGUUCAUGAUUGGUUGAUUAACAAACAUUGCUUAACUUAUCUUGUAUUAAACAGUUCAUGUCAUGUUGAAUAAUGGAAUACCCUUUAGGUCUUUCAGCAUGUUAAAUGUUGUUUUGAUUCUUUUUAUUUGUAUUUUGGGGCAUUUUUUAGUUUACAAGUCGUCACCUCAGUCUUUAAAGUUUCUAUUAUUAAUUGUUUUUCCUUACAGUGUUGAAUUGAGGGAGCUAGAGGCAAAACUUAAAGCUGGUUACAUGAAUCAAGAAAGGGCAGCACAACUAGCAGAAAAGAUGGCAAUGGCAGUAGACAGACAGGUCAGAAAUAAUACUUUUCUAAUCAGGCAAGCGUAAAAGUGAAUCUCAGUUCACGAAGAGAUGCUACUUUGUGCAACACCACACGAAGCACUGAAAGUAGAUAUCUGCAUUCAUAGUAAUCUUUCGAGGUGCCUGUCCCUAAUGAAAGACCCUUUAAUGUCAGAAGGGUUGCAAUUUGGCCCUUGCUUUUGAAUUGGUCACUGAUGUACUCAUGCAGAAUACCAUUCCACCACUAAAUACUGGUAUAUUGUUUUUUUUGUGUGUGUAGAGGAUAGAUGACAAGAUUAAUGCCAAAAUGGAAGAGGAAUACAAGCGAGCACUUGAGGUUGAGAGAGAGAAGGAGGUGAAACGGUGGGAAGAGAGUGUCAGAUAUCAGGAGCAGCUUGAAAAUCAACUGUUGGAGAAGGAACGCAGAAAACAGGAGGCUUACGAGGAGUUCCUGAAGGAAAAGCUCAUGAUUGAUGAAAUUGUUCGCAAGAUAUAUGAAGAAGAUCAAAGGUACGUGUAUGUAAAUUGCUGACUGGUUACAUGUAUAAUGUAGCUCAUCCAGAGCUGAGCACACUGGUCUUUGGUAGCUGUGGGUUCAAUACCUGUCUGGGUUUUGCAAUAACUGUGCUGUUUUGUUUCACAUCUGCAAAUGGUUAGAAAUUCUAGUCUUCUUUCAUAUGGAUGAAAAACUGUAGUCUUCAUCUCACAGGACUUCUGUGAUCUGACUCGAAAUAUGACGUGUAGAAGAAGCCCUAGGGACGGAAAAAUCUCUGGCAGUGACCACCCCACCUGUCUGUUAAGUAUCUUGGGAAUGGGUAGAAAGACCACUUUGCAUGGGAUCUAGGAUUCCCGCUUGUGCCCUUUCCUUUUGGGACUCUUUAUGAGUAUUUCCGACUUGUUGAAGUUGAAGUCAAAAUGAUCACUUUUAUAAAAAAAAGUGAUCUUAGAGAUUAAGGCCAUGAUCCCAUUGCCUUUCUGAUCAAAGUUGACAAGGUUAUAAGUUACAAGUGUGAUGACAGCAAAGAAAAUCUACCAAAAUGUCUUCACUUGCAUAUUAAAACAAUUGUUUUUUUUUCCUUCCAUCAGCAUUAAAUUUUACUUCUUAGGACUUGGUUUUAUGGAUACUUGUGCUUAGAAAUUUGCUGAUUAUAUUCCUCAGAGAGCUUGAAAACAGACUUGAGAAGCAAAAGGCUACUCAGAGGUACAUAGAGGAAUUCAAGACUAAGCGAGAUGAGGUGGGUGCUCAGUUUAAUUUAAGUCCCAAUAUCCACGUACAAAUUCUCCAAACUGAUCUCCAUACAUUUCCUGUAAGAAUUAGUGGAGGGAAUUUGAUAAAAGAUCAAGGCAUUCUCUCUUUGGUGAUCAUUUUAUUAAUUCUCAUAACUUGAUCUCUUCACAAUGUAUGGAUAUUGCUGGGAGAAAAUUGUUGUUGGUCACUGUUGGCACUAUUGUGUAAUACGCUUUUUAGUUGGAUAUGUUGUUUAGCUUAUCUUGGUUAAAGGUUAAAGGCUUGUUUAUCAUGGUGGAAAGAACGCUUAGCUUAUUCAGCUACUUUACAGGCACUCCACUCAAAUACUUAGAAACAAAUAAUUCAAACACAACAUAACAGGAUUAAAAACCCCAACUGGCAGGAGGCAACGAGUUGGCUAUUUACAAGCGUCGCCGGGGAUUUGUCCCGAGAACAAAUCCAGCAAGUGGCCGAGCAGGACUCGAACCCGGGUCCGCUAGAUUGCGAGUCCGACGCGUUGACCACUCGGCCGCGCUGCGUCAAACCAAAUUCAAACAGACUGCAAUAAGUUAGAGUGCGAUUGUCGUAUGGUCAGUCCAGCCAAAUUUUGAGUUACCAAUAUUCCCAGACAUGAUGUUGUGCAGAAUGUAGUUAUAACUCUUAUCUCCUCUGUGAGAAAACAAAAUUUUAAAAGAUAUCUCAUCCAAAAGUCAAUAAAGUUUUUAUGGCUUGUAGGCAAAAAUUUAUACCAAACAAAGUGAAGAUCAGAUCAGAGCCAACAAUGUUUUAGUUAUGCUACAGUUCAUUACCAAAAAAUUUACUAGAAAGUUAUUGUUACCUAAGACCACAUUGCUUAAUUAGCUCUAGGACUUACAUUUAACUGGUCAUCUAAACUGUUUAAUAGUAAUGCUGCUGUAAUAACAAAAAUUUCGUUAUUAAUAAUAUUAAUCCUGUUAUGUUGUAUGUGAAUUAUUUGUUUCUAAAUAUUUGAGUGGAGUGCCUGUAAAUUAGCUAGACAAGCUAAGUGCAAUUUCCACUAUAAACAAGCCUUUAACCUUCUCAACCUUUUUAAUAGUAAUUAUUGUUUAAUGGUGUAAUUUUUGUCGUAACAGUGGCAUUAAAUUGCAAACCUAAUUGUAAUGUGUCCUGCAACUCUAGAUGUCUCAGCGAAAUUUUGUAUUUAAUGGAAUUAGAAUUAUGAAAAAGCAAUAACGACAUAAAGAAAACAUUUGGAAGCGAACUGUUAACAAUAUUAUUAAACAAAAUUUAUUUUAUUAUCAUUAUAAUUAUAAUGAUGAUGAAAGUAGUACUGUAUAAUCAUAAUCUUUUACUGCUUGGUAGAGCACCGUGAUGACAGUUUUGUAUUCAGUGGUUCAUUCCGUUGUUGUCUAUAUUUCACAUUUCAGUGGAAGGAGCAUGAACGUAAACUUAUGGAGGAAGAGAAUGAACGAAUUCUGGAGUUUGCAAAACUACAGCAACAGCGAGAAGAGGACAGAAUGGAGAAGAAGAGAUUACUGGAAGAGGGCAUGGCAGCCGUGCAACACAAGGUAAAUCCUCUUUGUCUCCUGUACGUGUAAUGAACGUUUACAGGGAAAUUAACACUCGCAAUUGCCAACUCGCAAAAUGCUUGGGGCUUUUGGAAGUUGCGAUUCAAAAGUAUAUCCUUUAGAAAACAUUUGCGAGGAAACAACUCUCCAGUCCUCUGCGAGCAGAGGUUUCUCUCUUGCAUUGCUUUUAGCGUUUAUAUAAUCACCUGUUUUCUUAUAAAGGAAAAUCCUUAAAGGAUUUACUCGUUAGAUCAAUUAUAAAAGGUUUAAAUCAGUAUGGUAUCACGCCGGUAAGGAUUGUCCGGCCUGUCACCCCUUGCAGUUAUUUACAAUGAUCUCAGGCUCUACCUUUGCUCCACAUUCGUGGCAUUUAAAAGAAAUAUUCCAUGUUUCAUAUCAGUUACUGUGUUUGAUUCUAGCUGUCCACACAAAUCCAAGAAGAGGCUGAAGCAAGAGAGGAGAUGGAAAGGUAAUGAUCGGGCAGUUCACAGAUCACCAUAACAUCAAAGAAACAUGUACAAGUUUUUGAUAUGAGUCAUUGUUGUUGCAAGCAGUUAUGAAAAUGAAGGUAACAGUUAUUUUCACAUCGUUGGGUCGGAGCUUAGUUUCUAAAACUGGUCUCUUUUUAUUCUUAGAAUACGAACUGAGCUUUAUCUUGAAGAACAAGAAGAACUGGAAAGACAAAAGGAAAAGGUAAAAAUAUACAAAUAAAUAAAAUAAAAUAAAAUCCACUUUAUUUGAGUGUAAAUGUAUUGAUCACGAGAGUACUAAUUGUUGAGGACACUAUAAUUACGUCACCAACUGGAGACGGGACCGCCAUUUUACGUGGUCAUCUGAACCACGUGAAGGUUUAGCCUCUUGCACUGCAAAGGGAGUACCUUCAUCAUUUCUCAGUCAUUGUUCCUGCACUGGAAAUCGAACCCGCGACUCCGUUCUGCAGUCAAGCGCUCUACCGACUGAGUUAAUCCUGCCUCGGUUAAAAUGGUUCAAAGCAAAUACACGUUCCCGAGGGCACGAUUCCCUUCUGAUACUUCCCAGUGCUUAUGCAGUUUAUUCAUCUUUUCACGUUGUGCUUAUGCGUUCAGUUCGGAGAAUUUUCUGCAGGGUACAGUUUUUAUCUUGGCGCUCGACGUACAAAGGAAGCGGGGCUAGUCGAUCAGCUCUUUUUUACCCACAGCAUUAGAAUAAAAAUUCUUCCUCCAUCUUCUGUAUCGUUAACUCCUUGAGCGGUAGAGAAAAGGCUUUAAAACGUCAAGACAGUUUCCGCAUCGUCUGUGAUAAUGUCCUUUAUUCUCAUAAACGUUUUUAGUUUACAAGGAAAAAUUUGAUACUCAUUAUACUUGGGCGUCAUCUUUAGAAUUCUUCAGCAUAAGCAGGAGCUUACUUGUUAUCUACUUUAUAACAUACUUUGCCCUUUAUUUUUCAGAUGGCGAUUGAGAACAAGAUUCGUCAACGGUUGGACUUGCAGGAAACUCGCCGACAGCAGCUCCAGUUUAAGGAGCAGAAGCGGCAAGCAGAGUUAGAAGAAGAGGAGGAGUUUAGAAGAAAAGUAAGCGCAGUUACUGCCAUGUAAUCCUUGUUUAACUCUUCACGCUCCAAUAUUCACAUAAAAAUAGUCCAGACUGACUUUCGUACUUUUCCUUAUAUUUAAUGAAUGAGUUGGGGAAAUUUGUUAACAGAUCAAAGCACUUUCCCCUUGGUGGUCAAUUAAUAGGCCACUUCCUAGUUCCAAAGAUCCUCACUUUCAAGAUGAGGCCAACCGCACAACCUUUGUUGUGAAAAAUGAGUUUUAUUUGCAUGAGAAUAAAAAAUUAUUUCCAAAUCAAAGGCUGAGCACUUAACCUCGUUUUGAUACAGAGGCCCGGGGAAACUCGCAAAUGUCCUAUAUAUUUGUUAUUGUUAGGAGAAAAUUGAUGUUGGUCACUCUUAGGGCUUAAAAGGUUAAAGACACUUUGCUCCUGGAUCCCGUUUCAAGCGGUUUAGAUUAACCAUUGAUGCUACUUCUUUUAGAUGCUUGAAAAGUUUGCCGAAGACGACCGCAUCGAACAGAUGAACGCACAGAAGAGGCGAAUGAAACAGCUAGAGCAUAAGAGGGCCGUGGAAAAACUGAUUGAAGACAGAAGGAUUCAGUUCCAGAGAGAGAGGGUAAGGCAGCACUGAUCCGUCAACCGUUAGACUACAUGCAGCCCCCUACCUUAACCGAAAUCUUCUUUGGUAGACCCUUUUUUAAACUUACACUCGACGAACUAAGAAAAAGGAAGAGCUGUUCGUGGGCGCCAUCACACCUUUUUAGUAGUCAGUUAUUGGAUGAUGCUGAGUAUGAUAUGAAGAAUUAUGCAGAUUAAAGAGGGUGUUAUCGUCCAAGGCCGAAGACCUAAGAAAAGACCAGCUAAGAAAAAAAGAAGGACUGUUCGUAGGCGCGAUUACUCCUUUUUAAUUUGCAAUAUCGGAAGGAAAAUUCUCUUUCCUUCCUCCAUGAAGAUUUUUUGUAGUAAAUGUUAGAACAAUUGGGUUAUCAUAUUUCAAUAUUCUUUUUAGGAAGCAGAACUUGAGGCUCGCCGUGAACAAGAAAGAAUGGAGGAAUACAGGCGACAGAUUAUUGAACAAGAAAGACAGAGACUGCUUAAGGAGCACGCUGCCAAUCUACUCGGCUUUUUACCUAAGGUGGGUGUGUCCGCGGUAGCGAGCUGCCCACAAUAUAAUAACAUUUGCGUAAAUUCAAGAGAAAUACUUCCUCCUUGCACUUCUCUCGUAUUUUUCCGCAUGCUUCAGAAAUACUUAUAUACGCCAACGAUGCACAUCAUCGCUCAUGUUUAGAGUCUUCACAGCCAAUAUUUUAACUAACAAACCACAAAUGACAUCCUGAGUUAACUGACCAGUUAACUGUCCUAUUCUGUUUUAGUUGUCUUUCUGUGCUGAGUCGGAGGUGCGAAUCCCGCCCCCUACCCCUUACCCCCUCCGUUUAUACAGCGGUUACACUGUUCAAGGAACAAACUUCAAAAAGUGAUUGCUUGUCAUUUACCGAGUGCUUGUUGGUUUUUUUCUACAGGGGGUGUUACGUGAUCAGCGGGAUUUGGAGUUAUUUGAUGACCAGUUCAAAGAUGCUUACACGCCAAAGAAAGUUGGAUACUUUGAUGAUGAUGACGACGAAAGUUAUUAACGUCUUUACUAUGGAUUUAGAAUUCAAUGUUUAAUUAAUCCCUUGAAAGGUUUGUCUGUUAUCUCGAAGGGUUAAAAGCACAGUUGUAAAUCACAAAUCAGUUGUGGCUCCUUUCGUUGAUCAAAUGAAAUUUAAUUUUUCUUUUUGACCAGCCUUUUUAACUUACCUUGAGAGACUGUCAAAUAAAAAUAAUAUCCAUUCUUCUGGUUAAGAAACUAGGUCAGUGUUAACUUGUACAUACAAUUGUUGAGAUACUUG